AUGAGAGGAGAUCUCUCCUCUUUCUUUGAGUUCUGGACGACGGCGCUGCUGCCCCUUUUCGAACUCGGUCAAUUGGCCGGUACGGCCGUUCUCUCCGUCUGCUCAACGUUACUAUGCUUUACCCUGGACAACCAAGGAAUUCCGGGAUUCCGAAGGGCCAGACCCUUCACGAUGGUGAUGGAGAAGGACUUGAAAUCUAAUCGCGUGGCCUUUCACAAGAAGAGACCUCAAGUGGUGGAGUCUUCUGAUAGUCAUCCUGGAACGCGUCGGUGUGUGGGUGUGAAGGGCUCCCGUAAGCGGCUAAGAGAUCAAUCCAAUAUGCUAAUUCGUGCGGAGAAUUUCCCGAAUCCGAAACGCUUCUGUCUUGCCAAACGCGGUUGUGGUGUUUUCGCUUGCCAUAGUCGGUCGAGGUGGAAGAAGAGGUGCAGGAGAUAA